GAUUGAUUGUGAAUCCGAGGAUUGAAGUGCUGAUCGCGACGCUAAUGAAGAGGCUUUUCUGUGUGUGAAAGCAUUGACGCUGAGUGCGAUGUGAAAACGCUGAGUGCGAUGUGAAAACGCUGUGUGCGAGUAAAACUGCUGAGUGCGAUACGCUGAGUGCGAAACAUAAAACGUUGUGUCUUUCCUGUGUGUGAAAGAAUUAAUGCUGAGUGCGAUACGCUGAGUGCGAAACAUAAAACGCUGUGUGCAAAACGUUAUGCUGUGAGCAUCGUGGUUUGAUGCACAGAUAAGAAAACUGCUGUGUGCGGAAGUAUAUGGUGAAUGCGUACAGAAAGCGUGUGUCACAAUAUCACAAAUAAUUGAGUGCGAACGCGAUAUUCAGGUGCAAGUGUGAAUAAUAGGUACACGUGUGACAAUGACGGAAGAAGUGCGUAUUGCGAUAUUGGUAGAAGAAUUUACACGCUGUGGCUUAAUAAAACGUUGCCAAGAAAAGGGAUUACCGAUCACGGGAACAAAAGAAGAAAUGGCACGUUUGCUUGUGGAGAACCAAGAGGUUCAAGCCGAACUCGACGUGUCCUCGACGGAACGGUAUCAGGAUGCGGUGUUGGGGGAAGUUGCAUUCUUCCGUGACGUUGAAGAAGGGAUAGAAGCAUACAGCGCAGAUGGUUCUAGAGACCUUACCGCUUGGUUUGUAGAGUUUGAGGAAAUCUCUAGUUUAGCGCGCUGGUCUGAUGAGCAUAAGUUUAUUAUGUGUCGGAAGAAACUGACCGGUGUGGCCAAGAGCUUUCUUGCUACAUUGCGCGGAGUUACCACUUAUGCUGCGCUGAAGCGAGCAUUAUUAGCCGAAUUUGCAACAGUAGUAAGAGCGAGUGAUGUCUAUCGGCAAUUGGCUUCGCGGAAGAAAAGGAAAGACGAAUCAGCGCUUGAAUUCAUUUAUUCGAUGCAAAAACUCGCGCAGUCUAUCGAUAUCGAAGAAGAAGACCUUUGCGAAUUCAUCGUGGACGGGUUUUCGUCCGAUGAAACAACAAGGGCGAUUUUGUACGAAGCAACAACAAUUUCGCAACUAAAGAAAAAAAUAGCGCUGCGAGAACGGGCAGACACAAAAUCAGAGGAUAAGAAAAAACGGCCCUUUGUUGAGCAAAUGUCUAAGCAGCACAAAGACACACCAAAUACACGGAAGCCCAAGUGUUACAAUUGUGGUCAGCUGGGGCACGUGGCCACCAGCUGUGUCGAGCGAAAAAGGGGCGUCAAGUGUUACGGGUGCGGUGUGUACGGGCACAAAGCAAGUGAAUGCGAGAAGAAACAAACAACCAACGCGGGUACACAUUUGGUGACAGAGAGCAACGAUACAAUGCAUUCCAGAGAAUAGGCUCCCCGCCUUUAGAAAACACGUUCGUGACGUUCAACGGUUUUGGCGGUACACAAACAAAAGCCAUCGGACGAAUUUUUGUGGAUGUGUGUGUGUGUGCCGUAUCAUACAAAAACGUUCCUUUUUUCGUGGUGCCGGAUGGAACGAUGGUUUAUGACGCUUUGUUAGGAAGAGAGUCUCUACAGUUUUUUAACGUCGAAGUGACAAUAGAUGGUGUAAAACUAGUCCCACGGAGUGACGAAAAGGAGCAGGUAGCAGAAAGCAACGUUUUUUUGGCUGAUGUGUUUUCAACCUCCACCGACCCGAGAAUAAUAGUGCCGAGUGUUUAUGAAGAACAAAUAAGUGCGUUGAUCGAGAAGCAUUGUGUCAACGACGAGCAACAGCCGCCCAAGGAAUCGCCGAUAACAAUGCGGAUCACCACCAACGAAGGGGCGGUGCCGUUUCGUCAAUCACCGAGACGUUUUUCUCCGCCUGAGAACGAGAUCGUGGA